AUGGCAAGUGGGGGGCAAGCCCCAACGUCUGGCACUCCUCGCGCUCCUCAUCCGUCUUGGGCCCAGCUCUCCUCCAAAGUCACUCCGACUCUCGAUUCCUCCCCCCUCCAUAACCCCACAGUUCUCAACAAACUUAAAGCCUCUACGUCGGAGUACAUCAAAGUUGAUAAUGAUACCCUCAGUCGAGUUCAGCUUCGAUUUCAGCAUUCCCUCAUCGGCAAAUUCUUCGGAAAACCCCCCUCCUUCGAUCAAGUAAAAUCCAUUCUCUUGAAAAAAUGGGAGAACUUAGGAGAGAUUCAGAUUUCUGACCUCCCCAACGGUUUCCUUCUCAUUAGGUGCCCUGAUCAAAUUGUUCUUCAGUGUCUCCUUUCCGAUGGUCCCUGGACUAUUAAUGGCAUCAUCCUCCAGCUUACUCCAUGGCGCCCGUUCUUUGAACCAGCAUUCACCAAGCUUACCUCGGCUGCUGUUUGGGUUCAACUUCACAACUUACCCAUUGAGUUCUGGAGUGGGGACACAAUCGAAACCAUCACCAGUCAUUUGGGUAACCUUCUGAAGAUCGAUGACCUAACUCUCUCCUUGACGCGCACUAAAUAUGCCAGAGUUUGUAUUGAAGUUGAUUUAUCCAAACCUCUUAACAAAGGAUUCUGGCUUGGUGAUGAUCUAAACCGGAUUUUUGUUAUCAUCCUCUAUGAACGUUUACCCACCUUUUGUUAUUCUUGUGGAGUGAUUGGGCACGGCUCGAGCAACUGCAAUCGUUCUCCAGCAGCCGGGAAUACCAAGGUCUCUCAGCCCCCUAUCUCUUCGUUAGGGCCGGAGGUUAGGCCAAGGUAUUCCUCCAUGUAG